CUUUCGGAGUAUCCGCAGCAUUGUCUAUCAGAGUUUAGCUUGAAAAAGCAAGUCUACAAUUGCUCGUCUUAAUUUGGAGGCUGAUGGCGUGUUCGCCUUUCAAUAAUAAUUUCAGAAGCACCGGCGGCUCGCCGCAAGCCUCCCACACUGCGGCCGUGGUUCGGGCUUCCACCUGAGUACGAGACCCAUGUUCUAGCCUCAACGGCCUGUCGAGAUAUCGAGCAUCUUGACUUUGGGUAACGGCCCGGUUCAAAGGCUCCUCUCCGCUGAAAAAAAGUCCCUGUUUUGUCAGCAGUCUCCGCCCCCGUUUGCGGAAUCGGUCACUUUCUCCCACUCUCUUCGAAUCUCCAACAUCAGCCUUCCCCUCAUGGCACGUCAGACCAUUGUCCAUUCCUUCUCCUAAUGUAACGACGUCUCUCAUGGCUGUCCAGUUACCUCCCCGUCGCUCGAGGGUAGUACUGGUCUCCGGUUUUUGGCUUUAACUUCUCUGUUCUCCGCGCAUCCUUUCAGCUGUAGCUCAUGCCCCCGCCUGACCGUGUUGCUGGGGGUUGUAUAUAAGCCUUCCAUGGAUACUGACACCAUUAUUAUCGGCAACGGGCCGUCUGCCAUGAUCCUCUCCUAUAUUCUUCACGGCCAUUUUCCUUAUUAUUCGUCUCAGAAUCCACAUCCCGAUCCGCUACUGCACGCAAAGCUGAAGGAUGCACCGGCGCUGCUGGGGGCCGACGUAGAUGCGUUAACUGAGCACUUCUCAGCCUCGCGUUUGUCAUACUCCACUCAGGCUCUCCCCGUAAAUGUGCUGUUGGAUACCCUUGUCCGGCCAAGUGUCGACGUUGAAGAACUGCAAAGUAUCACCAAUGUGGAAUGGCGAUAUGAGCCUGAAAAAGUCGUGCCUCACAUAGUGCUAGGAAAUGCGCCACGACCCGGUGGUCAAUGGACUGAGAAUCCGAUGCCAGCGAGCUGGGAGAUUCAGACACUGAGCUAUGCCUCAAUGCUUUCAUUACCUGGAUAUUCUUUCGCCGACCAUUACCGCAAAACUACAGGGAAAGACCUCCCCGCGUACACCCGACCCAGCAGACAGCAGACGGCGGACUAUUUUCGGAUGUAUCCCGAAGCCGUCGGGAUUGAUGACGCCUUCUACUCUAACGAAAACGUAUGGGGUGUCACACGAAUCCAGGAUGGAUUUUUUAUUCAGUCGCAUAAUAUCCGCUGCAAACAUCUAGUCUUGGCGAGCGGUAUCUUUUCUGAAGUUCUUCAGCCACGCCCGCUUAUAAGACCUCUUACAUCGUUUCAGCCGAUUCCAGAAACGCCAUUGCUUGUCAUUGGCUCCGGCUUCUCCGCAGCUGAUGUGAUCAUUUCGGCGCCGAAAAACCAGAAAAUCAUUCAUAUCUUCAAAUGGGAUCCCGAUAACCGUCCCUCGCCAUUGCGCGGUUGCCACCAGCACGCCUAUCCCGAAUAUGCUGGUGUAUAUCGAUUGAUGCGACGUGCCUCUGUAGCUGCGCAGCCGAACACGAGUAAACGUAUAAAACCUCUGCGGACCACUUCCUCUCCCUUUCUAGAAAGUCGUGCGUGGGCAGACGUCUAUGAAGGGUUUCCAAAUACAGAGAUUAUCGAUGUACAAAUACAGGAUGAGAACGCGACUGUGACUUUUCGGCAUCCAGAUGGGAUCACCGUUUCCCGGUCAGUGCGCGGAAUGGUGUAUGCGACCGGCCGACGAGGCACCCUCAGUUACAUAGACCAGAGCCUUUUGCGUGAAAUUCUUGGUUCUGACGACAAUGCUGAGGUAAACCCUACAAUAUCUGGACAAACCUUGCGAGGCAAGGCUGUCGAGAACGUAGAAAUUUCGAAAGACGUUUUCAUCAUUGGCAGUUUGACAGGCGACUCGCUCAUUCGAUUUGCAUACGGAAGUUGUGUGCAGGCAGCUGGGAAACUAAUCGACGGGUUUACUGGUAGUGACACGCCCAAAACAAGUUCAACUUCUGUUUCAAGAAACGACUUGAAUAUAGGCGUAAUGCGUGGCAUUGACGGGCACGAUGUCUAUCUCAAGAAUGGCCACUUUUGCUUAGACCAGGACAAGCACGCAGUUAACCCAUCAAGAUCUGCAAAGGAUGCGUCAAAAGGGAUAUGGGCUUGGCUGACUAGAAUCUUGGGAUGGCCAGGGGUGCAUUAA